AUGGCGAAUACAGUCCUGCAAGUUGAUGAUGACGAAUAUGAAGAUGACUUCUUUUUGAGGAACACCCCUACAUCUUCAAGUCCGUCUGUAGCAGGAUCCAUCACUGAUAAUGAAGAUCUCGAUUUCGAUCUGCUGGGACUCAAAAAUCGGUCCGAUUCGUCUUCAUCAAGUAGUUCUUCACAAUCGAAUCGUGCUGGCUCAUUGUUUUAG